AAGAAGCUUGAUAAUAAUAUUGCUGCUUUUAUUAUUGAGGACCUUCAACUAUUUUCAGUUCUUCAAUCCCAGGCAUUUAAAGGAAUAAUUGAAGAUCGUUUGAAGGAAAUUCUUAUUAAUGCUAAAGAUAAAAUUUUACAAAAUAUUCGUAAGUAUGCACUUGAUAGUGCUGAAAUUAUUGAUAAUAGAUCUAAUAUCAAAUUAUGCUUAGAAAAAUUAGGGCGAAGAUAUAACAUGUUUAAAAUUUUUUGUUUUGGUUAUACUUUGCAACUUACAAUUAAUGAUGCAUUAAAAGAGUGUCUUGCAAUUACAAAUUUAAUAAAAAAAUAUAAAGAUAUUGUAUCACAUUUAGCGGAAGCCCGAUUUCUUUUAGAAGCUCAAAUGGAGAUAGAUGAUUGGGAUAAACUUUUUUCCAUAGUCUGUGAUGUUUUAAUGAG